UCAAGAUGAACUUAUCCAACUUCUUCAACUCUUUGUUAGUGGUUCUCCUUAUUCAGGGCGAAGCUUUACAUGUCCAAUCCUUCGAUUGCAAAAAGGAAAUCAAUUUUUCAGGCUUCGAUCAGGCUUACUGUGCAACCUCUGCCAAGGGAAAACCGCCCAAAGGACAUCCGCAUGAUCCUCCUUUCGGAGCUGAUGGAUAUAACAUCGCAAAACCAAUAGUGGGCAAUGAUGGGGAUAACAGAUGCCCAUCAGGCCAUCCAACGUGCUGCAGUUCGGAUAUCCAAGCCAACACCUUUGUCCCACUAGCUACUUACGCAAACAAUUGUAAUCCUCAGUUCUAG